AGCUUUAAUACUUUAAAACUUAAGCCGGUUUUUAUUUUAAAAAGUAUUGAUAAAAUGUUUAAUUUUUUACCAAAAUAAGACAACUUCAGAAAAUUUUCACAAUAGUACUUAUGAAAUAUGAAUAAUAAAGGUGUAAUCAAGACUUAGUUAAAUACAUAGAUAAAUUUUAUGAAUCAAUUUUUUCAUAUAUUUGUUGUAUGAUAUAUUGAUAUGAAUAUAGAUAAAGAAUCUAAAAUACAAGAAUUAAAAAAUUUUCCAAGGAUUCGAAAGAAACUCAAAAAGAAUAAUGCUUUUGAGUUGAAUCGAAAACUAUCAAUACGUACUACUAAAAUAAUAAAUUUUAACAGAUGGUUUAAAAAAGAACAUGAUUACUGUUUGCCUUUUCAAAACACUGAAAAAAUAGAUGGUUGUAGAUUAUUAAAAAAAAAUUUCAAUCAAACAAAAAUACUAUGCAAAAAUGAUAACUAUUUAAAAAAUAAUCUCAAAAAUGUAAAUCUGGAAAGUAUCAACGUCAAUAAUGAAUUAAGUAGUAGUAGCUUAUAUGCAAUAAAUGUGACGACUGAGUUACUAAAGGAUGCUUUAAUUGAAAAUAAAAAAACACAAAUGGAUGGUGAAAAUUUAGUAAAAGAAAUAACAGAGAAAUUUCAAAAUCCACACAAAGACAAUAAAUGUUUUGUUAAUAAAAUGUUAGAAAAUGAGAUAACUACACAAUAUCAAAAGCAAAGAAAUAAUGAUGCUUCACUAGAAUUGUUAAAAUCACCAUUAUCUAUGGAUAUUGAUGAUUUAAGCAAAUUAGAUUCAAUUUUUAAUUUUCCAAACAAUCAAUACAUAGAAGAACAAUUGAAUUGUGAUAAUGAAAAUUUAGAUCAACUUAAUGACAAUUUGCUACCUAAUUUUUGUAGAAAUAUUGAUGUUUUUUCAGAAACUAAUAGUAAAAUACAUCCUUAUUUACCUAUAAGCCCAUCUUAUGAAAUAGAUUACAAUAAUUCUGAUAAUUAUAAUAGUAGUCAGAAUCAAAUCAUUAAAAAUACUUUAAAUUAUUCACUGUCAACACAUAAGAUUAAUGUUCAAUCUUUAUCUCAACAGUAUUUAAAUAUUUUUAAUCGUUAUCAAGAACAGAAAAAAGAAUACUAUAUUGAAAAAACUGAAAAUCCAACACCAAUACUUUUAACGGAUCUUCUUUGUGGAUCCAAGCCUAAAACAAUUAUUAGUCCAUAUACUCAUCGACAUUUGAAGCCAUAUAUUCUCAAAGAUGCAGAAACAAAACCACUGUGGCUAAAGAUGUUAAAAGAAAUAAAAGAUCACUAUAGGAUUAAAAAUAAAUUACCUCCUUGUAUGGAAUCAGAAACUAUAGAUUAUAGUUAUGUACGUGCUAAACACAUAAAAUCAGUCAAUGCUUUAGCAAGGGAAUUCUUUUGGCCGGGUAUUGAUUUAACAGACAGCUUAUUGUAUCCAGAUUUCAGUAUAAUAGCCUUAUAUAAGAAUUUAGUUGUUGGUUUUGGUUUUAUGGUACCUGAUAUCAGUACUAAUGAAAAUUAUAUUACUUUUUUAUUUACCAGACCAUACUGGACUAAUUGUGGUAUUGCAACAUUUAUGGUUUAUCAUUUAAUUCAAACGUGCAUGACUAGAGAUAUUACCUUACAUGUAUCUCCUUCCAACCCAGCUAUGUUUCUCUAUCAAAAAUUUGGAUUUAAAAUAGAAGAGUUUGUUCAAGACUUUUAUGAUAAAUAUAUUCCUGGUGAAUCAAGAAUGUCAAAACAUGCUUUAUUUUUACGUUUACGAAGUACUUUACGGAGUAAAUAGUCAUUUAGUAAAUUACUUUGUUGCAACGUACAUAUUGUUUUUUGUUUAUUUAACUUGUAUUUUAUAUUGUAAGAUUUUAUUUUUUGACUGUAAACUAUUUAUAUAUUUAUUAUAAUUAUAUUUUCAUAA